GGAAAACGUUCUCUUCUACAAGAUGGCUCCGAAGAAACCAACUUCUGCUGUCAAAAAAGUCGGCGAAAAGAAACAACCGCCGAAGGCCGUCAAGUCCAAGGACAAGAAACCAGCCCCUAAAAAGGAUUUGAAAAAGAAAGGUGGCGUGGUAAAGGCUAAAGCUAAAAAGGCUCAAAAGGCCCAACUUAAGGGAGUGUUUGCCAAGCGUCAACGUAAAAUUCGCACGUCCGUACAUUUUAGACGCCCAAAAACCCUUUCCCUAACGAGAAGACCUCGUUGUCCUAAGAGAUCAACUCCUCGUUCGAACAAGCUUGAUCAAUUUACUAUCAUUAAGUUCCCGCUGACCACUGAAUCGGCAAUGAAGAAAAUUGAAGAUAACAACACGCUUGUAUUUAUCGUCGAUAAAAAAUCGGACAAGAAGAAGGUUCGGAUGGCUGUUAAGAAAUUGUAUUCUAUCGAGGUGGAGAAAGUUAACACUUUAAUCCGACCGGACGGAGAAAAGAAAGCCUUCGUUAAGCUAAAGUCUGACUACGAUGCCCUCGAUGUCGCCAACAAAAUCGGCAUUAUCUAA